AUGCUCAAAAGGCAUUUUUCCUCGAUUCUGCAUUUCGCGCCGCUCGUAUUUUCUGCUUCGGCAUGCAUUUCCGUGCUCUUUGCGAUUCGUAUAUUCUCAAAUGUUCCGUGCCGUGCCAUUCCUGUGUGUCCACAAGGAUCCGCUUGUUUCAGUAUGGGAGUAUGUGGGGCAUGGUACUUAUCGGAAUGUACCGAAAUCACGUGCUGCGAAUCUUAUCGAUUUCGGCUAUAUAUUUUACUGUUUAGUAUUCUCUGCGUCUUGGCUGCUUUAUUGGUCGGAGCAACGUGGCUGUUGCUGGAAUUCCGCCCUUCCUACAGGAAUCGAAUUCGCCGCACUGACUCGGAACAAGCCCGCAUAGAGAUGAAAUCAUUCGAGGAAACGAGAUACUUGCGGCGUUACUCCGAACUCAAGUACGGUCGUUAUUAG